UUGUCCUACAUAAACUCUGUAAUAAAAUCACGAGCAGUGACGUAGGAAAAUAUAAAAUUCAUUAAGGAAGGAUAUCCAAUUCCUCUAGAAUUCAACUUUUCUUAGUUUGUGUUCUUGUUGAUUUGGGAUUUUUUUUAUUUGGUCAUGGUGAAUGAAAACCUUAAGACCACUUUAUAAAGUGUUAGAUUCUUGGCUAUUUUUCAAAUAUCUUUCAAGCUUAAGCAUUUUACAAAAUUUUCUUAUCAUGGACACUCAAAACUUGUUUUUCUCUUUGCUAUUUUUCUUUCUUCUUUCUUUUUUCUCAGGUUUUCACCAAGUUGUUGAAGGUUCAAGAGUGUCGUCUCACUUUGCUUUCAGACACAAGAAGCUGUUUGUGUUUGGAGAUUCCUAUGCUGAUACAGGGAACAACAAAGAUUGGGCCAAUUCCUGGAAAGUUCCUUACGGAAUUACAUUUCCUGGGAAACCAGCUGGCCGAUUCUCUGAUGGUCUUGUGUUGAGUGAUUUCAUUGCCGGGUAUUUGGAACUGAAGACACCAAUAGCAUACGAAUGGAGUAAAAAACUGGAUCAUCGCCUGAAGUACGGGGUGAACUUUGCUUAUGGAGGGACAGGUGUUUUUGACACCUUGGCUCCGGAGCCAAAUAUGACCACCCAGAUCGGUUUCUUGCAACAGCUUCUCGAUGACUCGGUCUUCCUAAAAUGGGGCUUGAAAACUUCUGUGGCACUUGUCAGCGUUGCAGGCAAUGAUUAUUCGAAUUACAUCACCACGAAUGGCUCUGCUGCGGGUUUUCCAGCCUUCAUUUCAAGCGUUGUGAGUCAACUUACGGAAAACUUGAAGCGCAUCCAUGACUUGGGAGUGAGAAAAAUAGCCGUGACUGCCCUGCCACCAUUGGGGUGCCUCCCUCGAAGCACUGCCCAAUUCUCCUUUCAACAGUGUAACGAAACUGAAAACAUCCUUGUUAAUCUCCACAACCAGCUACUGGUUCAAGCUGUGAACAAUUUGAACGAACAAACCAACAGCAACUCUUUCGUUGUUCUUGAUAUUUAUAAUGCCUUUUGGACAGUUUUCAAUCAGACACAAGCUCAUCAAGUAAGUGCAGCAUUCGAGAAUCCUUUUCAGCCAUGUUGUGUUGGAGUUGACGCUGGAUCUUCAUGUGCAAGUGUAGAUGAACAUGGGGAAAAGAAGUACACAGUUUGCUCAAAUCCCAAAACAAAAUUCUUUUGGGAUACAGUUCACCCUACACAGGAAGGAUGGCUGGCUAUAUAUUCAACUCCAGAUCUUCAAAACAGCCUCAAGCAACUCUGGUAGAAAUUACCAUCAAAUAUAGUAGUUUAUUAUGUAGGAUACAGCAUUUUUUUUUAAUUGUCGCCAUUGCUUAAUGCAUAUAGUUAGAAUUUAAUAGUUUUCAGUCGAUUCCUUUUCUCCUUUUUGGUAUAUCAGAACUAUUUUGCCUCAGUUUCCCAUAGUAAAAGAUUGUCAGUUUUAUCUAAACCAUCG